UUUUUUUGUUUUAUUUUGCAGAAUAAUUGUUCAAAAUGAAGCAGCGAACCUUAGCAGGUAAUGUGGCAGUGGCUGUGUUCAUCCUAGCCAUGUGGUCGAUCAUGGUGGCAUUUUUCUCAGCCAGUUGGUUGGUCAGCGAUUACAGGAUAUCUGGGGCGCAGUUUGACAGACUGGGUCUAUGGAUGCACUGCUUCCGAUCGUUGCCUGAUCCACAUGACGAAUAUCAAAGGAGAUUUUUCAGUGGAUGUCGGUGGAUCUUUGAUCCCUUCACAACUGGAUAUCACCAGAUCAGGGGAUACCUCAUGCCUUGGUUCAUAGUGAUCACGCAGUUCUUCUUUCUGGUGGCCUUUGGAGUGGUGUCUCCUUCAUUCUGUUCUGCUAUUGUUCUCUGCUUCGGUCCAGGACAGAAACGGUUCUUGCAGCUUAUACGUCUCAUUGGGUUCAUACUGGUUGGUGCAGGCAUUUCGGGCGGCCUAGCCGUGAUCGUGUUCGCGCUGUUCGCGAACCGGGACGGAUGGAUGCCCGGACACAGCAACAACUUCUUCGGCUGGGCGUUCGCGCUCGCCAUAUCCGGUGUCAUCGAAACGCUGAUCGCUGGUUCGCUGUUUCUAUUGGAGGCCAACAUACAGAAAAAGAAGCAGAAGUAUCUGGCCAAUUCGCAGCAGAAGUUCGAGCUUGAACAGGAGACCAAGGCCUGAGUUAACGGUAACACAGCGGAGGAAAACUGGACUGUUCACACCAUAGAGAAACAAUAGUGUAAGUAGAUAUCCCAUGGUAUAGGACGUUUAUGUCGCAACUUUUACUGUUAUCUCAAGCUGAAUACUGUUGAUUAUUGUCGAUUUUUACUAUUUUGUUGGGCUGAGAGUGUAUGAACGGCACAAUAUGAGAGACUACCUGUGUCACACAGCUUCACGGGAAAGAAUUACGUGGACUAUAGGCUUGAGAUAACAGUAAAAGUUGCGACAUAAACGCCCCAUACCAUGGGAUAUCUACUUACAUUAUUGUUUCUCUAUGGUUCACAUACUCUCGGCUGGGCUGGGUAGGGAUAGUCUCAAUAAUUAGAGUUCAAUUAGAACUUAGAGAAAUUAUAUUCUUACUGUAUUAUAACUUACCCUGACUUUCAUAAUGUAUUGUGUAAAUACGCCUUGGUCUGUCGGAAUUAAUUGGAACUUGUGGAGAAAAAGAAUAAGAAGACGAAGAAGAUGUGAAUACGCCUUAGUUAAGAAAAAGAAGGAGAGGUAGAAGAAGAUGAAGAAGACAAAAGAAGAAGAAGGAAGAAGAAAAAGGUGAAGAAGACAGGAGGAGAAGAAGAUGAUGAAGAAGAAGAAGAAGAAGAAGAAGAAGAAGAAGAAGA